AAAGCACUAAUAAUCAUAGGGUUCCUGUGCGCGGCGUCUUGGCGCGCCUCAGUGAAAACAGCGAGCCAUUGCUUUGACGUCACGGUGAUGAUGAUGAUUGGAAUCCGCACGGCGAGUGUAGUGUGCGUGAAGCGGCUCCUGUGAACCUCAGUAUGUUGAUGCCUUAAUAACAAGUGUUCAAUUUACGCGCCAAUUGCAGGAGCACUUAAGGAGAGAAGCAAAUCCGUGAGAUGGUUCGGUAGAUGCCGAUGUAAUGGAUUUGACUAAGAUGGGUGCGAUCCACCUCCAGAACCCCGGCCACCCCACAUCGCUCCUGCAGAAGGCCAACCAGAUGCGCCUCUCUGGGACAUUGUGUGAUGUGGUCAUCAUGGUCGACAGCCAGGAGUUUCAUGCCCACAGAACCGUGCUUGCAUGUGCUAGUAAGAUGUUUGAGAUCCUGUUCCACCGCAACAGCCAACAUUACACUCUGGACUUCCUCUCACCAAAGACCUUCCAGCAGAUUCUGGAGUAUGCCUACACCGCCACGCUCCAAGCCAAGCUGGAGGACCUGGACGACCUGCUGUACGCUGCAGAGAUUUUAGAGAUCGAAUACUUGGAGGAGCAAUGUCUGAAGAUUUUAGAAACCAUCCAGGCGUCUGAAGAGAACGACACGGAUGUGAACAUGAACGAGAACGGCGCCGAGGACGCAGACGAACGCAGGAUCAAGUACCUUAAGAGCACAUUUAUUGCUAAAAAGCAUUCCAUACAGGAUAGUGGCCAUCGCCAUCGCUUGGCGCUGGUCAGCAUGGUCGAUAAGAGAUCUUCAGAGUCCACCCAACUGGGUCUUUCAACUGUCAGCCCGACUAAAGCAGCCGUCGAGGGCCUGAUGAGCAUGGGACAGUCUGUCCUCCAAGGAAACAUGGCCCAGGGUUUCCCAAACAACUUUGGUAACUCCUCUCCAUUGCUAGAUAAAAUCAAGACUGAGAUGAUGCAGGUCGACGAGGACUACCAACAUGAAGGCGGCUUCCCCAGGAACGGGGAGGGCGGAGGUGACUCCAGGCAGCACCGGGACACUCCUGGAACCCCGACCAGAGGUAGCGUCAUCACUAGCGCCCGCGAGCUCCACUCUGCUGAUAGUUCUGCUGAUUCCCAAGGAGACAACACCCAAGCAGGUCUGGUCAAUAUGACUAGUCUGGCUGAUAGACAUUUCGCUUCGCUGUGCUCUAUCCCGUCCAACCAUAAGAGCGAAAACAUGCUGCCCUUGCCUGUGUCCAUGGCCUCGUCCCUACAUGUGCCGUCCUCCCUGGCCAUGUCGAUGGAUUUCAGUGCCUAUGGGGGGCUCUUCCAUCAGAGCUUGAUUCAGAGGGAGUUCUUGAGCAAGCUCGGGGAUUUCACAGCGAAUGUGAAGCAUGAGGUCCAAGCCCAGAAAGAAAGAUGUGAGGUGUGUGAUAUGGAGCUGCCUGAUAGUGAAGCUGCCGAACAACACAGGAAGUUGCACGGUGGAGUGAAGACCUUUGGCUGUGAGUUCUGCGGAAAGCAGUUCCUGGACAGUUUACGACUGAGGAUGCACAUGCUGUCUCAUUCAGCUGGACCAAAAGCACUAGUGUGUGAUCAGUGUGGCGCUCAGUUUUCCAAGGAAGACGCCCUGGAAGCCCAUCGACAGACUCACACAGGCUCAGACAUGGCAGUGUUUUGUCUCCUGUGUGGAAAGCGUUUCCAGACCCAGAAGGCUUUGCAGCAGCACAUGGAGAUUCAUGCCGGUAUGCGCAGCUACGUCUGCAGCGAGUGCGAACGCACAUUCCCGAGCCACACGGCGCUCAAACGCCAUCUCCGCUCGCACACAGGUGACCACCCGUUCGAGUGCGAGUUCUGCGGGAGCUGCUUCCGUGACGAGAGCACUCUGAAGGGUCACAAGCGCAUCCACACUGGAGAGAAGCCUUAUGAAUGUAACGGCUGCGGCAAGAAGUUCAGCCUCAAGCACCAGCUGGAGACGCACUACCGCGUCCACACAGGUGAGAAGCCGUUUGAGUGCAAGCUGUGCCACCAGCGCUCUCGGGACUACUCCGCCAUGAUCAAACACCUGCGUACCCACAACGGCGCCUCGCCCUACCAGUGCACCAUCUGCCAGGAGUACUGCCCCAGUCUCUCGUCCAUGCAGAAGCACAUGAAGGCCCACAAGCCCGAGGACGUGCCCCCAGACUGGAGGAUAGAGAAGACCUACCUGUACCUCUGCUACGUGUGAGACAAGGCGACAAAACGAAACGAGAAAGUAGCAAGAUGCACCCAAGGACAAUUCACCUGAAGGUUUGCUUUUGGUCCAGGCCAAAGACGGUGAGGGGUCGUGCUCAAAGUGACGAAAUGUGAUGUGGAAUUUUUUGACCUUUUGUUCGUGACAUGCAUUUGUGCACAUUUUUAGGAUGUAACUGCACUCACAAAUGUUAUGAAAUGGAAAUGUGAUGUGUGAUCAAGGGAUGUGAAUUUUCAGAAAGUGUUAGUACAGUCCACCAUUAUGACGAGAAUACAUUUGUCUGCAUUCCACAAUGUUGAUUGGAAAAAUUCACUGCACGAUCAUACUUGUUUUAUUUGAUUCCCGGCCUUUUUUUUUCCACGGACAACCCAUAAGCCAUAGAUUUUCAAGACCCCAUGAAAUCCCCAAGUGGUGUAGAAUGUCACAGGGGUCAGCCAAUAGGCUUUAGUUCAUCACAACUGUGAUUUUAAAUGCAUAUCCGCUAGUUUAGAACACGAAUUGACUCAAAGCCUCAUGUUUGGAUUUCAUGGGGUCUAAAUGGAGCUAUUCUGAGUGAAAUAAAAACAUGGACCAAAGCUGAAAACUCACACACAUGAUGAAAUAGAGGAGCUAAACACAUUAGCGAAUGAAAUUAUGCCCUUUUUUAGUAAAUUGCUCCCUGAAGUUCAUUAUUAGGCUCUCUAGUCCUCAAUUUUCAUGGUUUUUUAUAAAUGCAUGUGAGGAAAUGCACAGGGUUGGACCCAUUAGUCAUUUUCUUUAAAGCGUAAUAAAGUGCUUAACAAAACAGCUUUUCUCAGAGGUACAUCCAAAUUGUGCUGCCAAGCAACUGUAGUGGAUGUUCAGGGACAUUUAUUCAAUCUUAAAUAACUACACUGUGCACUUUCAGAGUUUCAGAGGCCCAUUUUAGUUGUUUUCAGCACCGCAUUCUGCAUUUUGUGCAUUCAGACGAAGCCAGAGAGGUGAAUCUCUGUGAUUUGCUUUCAUUUCAGUCAAUUUCACACAGAGUAAUGACAGCAUGUCAGCUGAUUUCAUUUUAACGUUCAUGUGGUAACAUGACGAAAUCACCGUUUUGCAACUGCAGGCAUUUUAGUCUAAUGAAAUGUUAAUGUCGUACUCAUAAAUCAACUUAUGAAUUAAAAAGAGAUUAUUUUUUACAAUUACAAACCGCAAUGCAGUAUAUGUUUCUGCAGUCUUCUGCUGAGGAUUAGUUAACCUUUAGUUAGCUCGCCGUUGUAGUUGUCUGUCAUCUCUGUUCGAACGUUUUACUUGAAUUGCCUAAUUUUGUUACCUCACGUGCUAGAUUUAUUUUUGUACUAGUCUUUGUUUCUCAUUUCCUGCUGAGCUUUGUUUAAAAGCUGUACAACGCAUUCAGAAUGCCACAUCAUCAGACCCACACGGAAUCGGAGAGAAACGUGAGCAGAAUUGGAACGUUUGUUCGCAACAUUCUGCCCCUUAUGCGUAUGUUUUGGUUAACUGGUAAAUGUUUCAGUUAUCAGUAAGACUGUAGUACUUUACAUUUAAAGAAUUUUACCAUGUUUAAAUCUGUUCUGCAGUAUCUUUUAAGGUGUGGUCACAUUUACCUUUUACCUUUUUCAACGGGCAAGAUCACAAUACCAACUCAUGGUAAUACAUUGCUGUUUUAUGUUUUGGCAAAUUGGUGACUAAUUUAUGGAAGUACAUUUCCACCACUAAAUAAAAAAAAUAAUAAAAAAUGUUAAAACUCACAAUUCUCACUUCUUUUCUUGCAAAUGUGAGUUUGUAUUUCGCAAUUCUGACUUUUUUCUCACAAUUCUGAAGUUAUAAAGUCCAAUUUUGAGGGGGAAAACAAACUGAUUAUCACAAUUCUGACUUAAUAACUUGCAAUUAUGUGUUAUAAAGUCAGAUUUGUAUAUAAACUCACAAUUCUGGGGAAAAAAAGUCAGAACUGAGCGAUAUUAACUCACAAUUCUGAGAAAAAAAGAGUUGUGAGUUUAUAUCUCGCAUUUCUGACUUUAUUACUCGCAGUUGCGAGGUUAUAUCGUGCGAUUCUGACUUAAUUUCUCAGAAUAUCAAAUUUAUAUCUCACAAUUCUGACUUUAUAACUUGCAAUUGCGAGUUUAAAUCUUACAGUUCUCAGAAAAAAAAAGUCAGAAUUGCGGGAUAUAAACUUGCAGUUGCGAGAAAAGAAUUGUGAGAUAAAAAGUCGCACUUACCUUUUUUUUAAUUUGGUGGCGAAAACGGGCUUCCAUACUAAUUGGUGUAAAUUUGUACAGUCUCAUUUAUACUUUUGGUACGAUCUGCUUACGUCUUAUUGACGGUUAAGUUUAGGGGUGGACCUUCAUGCUUACAUAUUUUUCUAAAAAUCGUCAAUUUCCAUACAAAUCACAUUGUAUAAAUUCGUAUGAAAUCACCUCCUCAUAAAACAGUUAUAUUUUCUCAUGAGAUCAGGUUAGAAAUCCUGUAUUUUCAAUAGGAAUCACGUUAUCAGGAAUUUUACACAAGGCCGAAAGAGUUACAUUUUCGCAGAUUUCACAACGGUUUCGAAUUCGUCUUUUUUUUUAAUCACACAUUUUCAUACAAAUUCAUUUUUCUAAAAAAUGUCUGUACUUGUACAAAAUCACCUCCUCAUAAAGUUUUUCAUGAGAUCGGGUUAGAAAUCCAGGCUUUUCAAGAGGAAUGAACAUAAUCUGAAAUUUUAUUUGAGGGCAAAAGAUUUCGCAGUGAGUUUGAAUUUGUCGGGGGUUUUUUUAAAUCCCACAUUUUCAUACGAAUUCACAUCAUACGCAUUCAUACAAAAUUGCCGCCUUGUAAAAUAGUUACCUUUUCUCUUGAGAUCAUGUCAGAAAUCCAGUCAUUUCAAUAGGAAUCAAAGUGAUCAGGAAUUUUAUAUAAGGGCGAAAGAUUUCCAUUUUCACAGAUUUUGCACCAGAUUCAAAUUUGUCUUUUUUUUUUUUUAAA